AUGAACGGAAGUACCAAAAAGUAUCUCCCGGAUUUACCGAUCACUUUUGUCAGCAGAAAACGGACCCUCGAAACCGAAGAUGCGAGCUCUUCUGCCACCCGUCAGCAACCCAAACGCCUUGCCAGAGGUGACUCGGUUAUCACGGAGGCCACCAGUAAUCUUAGGCUCAGUUCCAGUUCUAGUGACUUAGACAACCUCCCUUCUUCGGCAUCUUUGUUCAAAACACGGGAUAUAGAAGAACUGAGAGUGAGCUUUGAACCCGCUUCAGCUGAGAACGUUGUUAUACCCGAUGUUCGAGAUUUUCUAGCAACCAACGUUCAAAAGUUACAAAAGUAUAUUCUCCCUACUCUCGACGCUACAGCAAUUGGAAAUCCAACAUUCGAUGUUGAAAAUUUUUCUGACAUUACAAAUGAUAAAGUCCAAACGUUCGUCACGAAAUUGCAUGAAGUCGUGCUAAAUGGUGUCCAGGUGAUAGGCACCGACGAAACUUUCACUGAUACGCUUGUGGAUAAUCUACUUCGUAUUACUAAGCUGGAUUGCUUUCCCUUAAUGAUUAGAAAUCACCCGCUAAACAAACUAUACAUUGACGGUGAGCCUAUGGUGUCUUCGAACCCCGAAUUUGUAGUAAGGAAGAAAGUUGGCAAGAAAAAACUUGCUAUGCUUGUGAUAGGGGACAAACAUCUGAACAAUGUUACGUCAGCUAAUGGAUAUGGAGAACCGCAGAUCGCUGUAGAAAUUCUUGCUUGCGGUAGUGAGAAUUUACGUUCCCUUGGUGGAGAGAGACCUACAGAUCAGAAAAUAUUGGCCAUGCGUGUAAUCUCUACAUACGUUACUUUUUAUAAAGCUGUGAUUCCUGCAAAAUAUUGGGAGGCGCUUGAAAAGGGUUUACCAAAAGACCAGUCCUUAAAAAUUCAAAGAUGGCCUGCUAGGAAUGAAUUGACGUCUGGUUUUAAUCUUGCUCAACCGAACGGAAGACGAGUGGUGUUGAUAGCGUUAGCCAAAAUUCGUGAAUCACUUUUACAAGAAGUGGAAAGGGAAUGA